AUGGUCGUACGACCAUGGGCUAGAUCAAGAGCGCCAGCAUCAAUACCGACAGCAACGGCAUUAGGCUCCGCUCGAUCGCAGUCAGCAUGGGCAGCAGCAGUCAGUGCAGCCCAGUCCAUUGUAUCACCACCUCCUGCGCCUCCAUCAUCACCAAGCUCAGGUCCUUCUUCUUCCCCCUCGUCAUCAUCCAAAGGCAAAUCGCCUGCUGGUUCAUCGCCCUUUGACGCUAUCCCCCUCGUAUCCUCGGACUUGGACCACCUGCGUGGCAACAUCAUGUCCCUCCUCGGGUCGGGCCACCCUUCUCUUGACUCGGUAGCGAAGUACUACUUCCAAGCAGAGGGCAAGCAUAUCCGUCCUUUGAUCGUACUGCUCAUGAGCGCGGCAACGAACGGCGUCUCGCCCAUCUUUGCUCAGGGACCUCACGCUGGGCGAGAGGAGAGGGAUCUGACGGGCGUUGACGAUCCAUUGAGCCCGAAGAGUGUAUUGAACGACUACAAUCCGAGCAUGCUCAGCGGGGCCGAUGGUAAUGCCGCCGCUUCUUCUUCUACAUCAACAUCAUCAGCCAUCCUCCCAACACAACGACGCCUAGCAGAAAUUGCCGAGAUGAUCCAUGUUGCCUCCCUCCUCCACGACGACGUCAUCGACGAAUCCUCGCUCCGUCGAGGCGCACCCUCCUCCCCUUCAACCUUCGGCAACAAGCUCUCCAUUCUAGGCGGCGACUUCCUCCUUGGUCGCGCGUCCGUCUCUCUCGCUCGAUUAAGGGAUAAUGAGGUGGUAGAGCUGCUGGCGACGGUCAUCGCAAACUUGGUCGAGGGUGAGGUCAUGCAGAUGAAAGGAGUAGACGCUAGCGUGCUGGAGGGAAGCGGAUUGGCGAGCUUUUGGAGUGGGGAGAAGGAGCAGAUUGCUGGUGGCAUUGAUGGCGCAGGACCUACACCGGCGCAUUUCACAAGCUAUCUGCAGAAGACAUACCUCAAGACUGCAAGUCUUAUGGCAAAAUCGGCGAGAGCCGCCACCAUCCUAGGCGGAUGCGGGGAAGGGGCAUUGCAGCAAUGGUUGGCCCUGCGUUCCCAGUCAGCGUCACCUUCUCGCGAGGAAGAUGAGGCCCUAGCUGCCCGAUGUGGCGCAGUACGGGACGCGGCGUAUGGCUAUGGCCGGAACCUUGGCAUCGCCUUCCAGCUAGUGGACGACCUUCUCGACUUCCGCUCAACAAGCGCAGCAUUCGGCAAGCCUUCCCUCGGCGCAGAUCUACGGCUCGGCCUGGCGACCGCACCCGUACUUUACGCCUGGCAAGAAUUCUCGGGCAAGGAGCAUGGAUUGGGAGAGAUGGUGGAGCGCAAAUUUGAAGGGCCGGGCGAUGUUGAGCGGGCAUUGGAGCUGGUGCAUGAGAGCCGUGGAUUGGAGAGGACGGCCGAGCUGGCGAGACAUCAUGGGGAAAUGGCGCUCAAGUGUUUGGAAGUCGUGGAGGAGGGAGAGGCUAAGGCGGCGCUUGUGAGAUUGGUGCAGGGGGUUCUGGAGAGGGUGAAAUAA